AUCCCUUUUCCCUCUAUUUCUUUUGCUUUUUUUUUUCUCUAUUAUUAUUAACAAAAAAAAACAAAACAAAACAAAAAUGCCAAUGGUAAAGAAACUCGAAUCUGUUCAUCAAGAAUUGAUGGAUAUUGCAAAGGAAUCAAAUCGUUUAUCACAUACAAAAUAUUCAGAAGAUGAUAUUGAAAAGUUACAAGAAAGGUUACGUGCCAUUGACUCCCAGUAUAGAGAAGGUGCCUUUGGUGAAAAAGCGAGCUCUGAUGUUGAUCGUUAUGAAGAAGAAGGUUUAGCCCAAGUAUCAGAUGAAUUGGAAAAAGUACAUACUAUACUUCAUCGUAUGCUUGCUCGUCUUGAAUAAUUUGACAUCAUUUUACCCUUUUCUUUCUUUUAUUAGCAUUUUGUCAAAUUCCUAUUGUAUUUUGCUUUUUAUUGAAAUAAUAAAAAAAAAAAAAUUAUAUGCAAACAAUAUAAUCCAACAGAUCAUUAUCAAAGCAU